AUGUCGCAGCUUUUGCGUCCAGAAAACCUUAAGGACCGCCUGUUAUUUGCAAUCCCCAAGAAAGGUCGUCUGUAUGAGACCUGUCUGCAGCUUUUGAGCGGCGCCGACAUUCAGUUCAAGCGCGCCCAUCGCUUGGACGUGGCGCUCGUAAAGAACCUGCCCAUCGCGCUUGUCUUCUUGCCAGCAGCGGAUAUCCCGCACUUUGUUGCAAAUGGAGACGUAGAUUUGGGAGUUACUGGCCAAGACAUGGUGCAGGAGGCAGGGCCGGCGAUUGCGAAUGCAGUGCAGGAAGAGCUUGCGCUUGGCUUCGGCAAAUGUGCGCUCCAGGUCCAAGUCCCGGAGGGUGGUGAGAUCCAGACGGUAGAGGAUUUGAUUGGCAAGAAGAUUGCGACGAGUUUUGACCACCUUGCUGGAGAGUAUUUUAAAGAGCUGGAAAAGAAGUCGAAUCCUGCACAAGCAACCACGAUUGCGUACCUGAAUGGCAGCGUCGAGACUGCGUGUGCACUUGGCCUAGCAGACGGUAUCGUGGACUUGGUCGAAUCUGGGGAAACGAUGCGUGCAUGCGGCUUGAAGCCAAUUUCAACCCUGCUGCAGUCCGAGGCGAUUUUGAUCCGCCCCAUCACGCCCCAUGCGCGCUCCAACAUGUCGCUCAUUGCGCUCAUCACUGCGCGUAUUCGGGGUGUAAUAGCUGCUUCCAAGUAUGUCUUGUGCCAGUAUAAUAUUCCCAAGUCAGCGCUGGAAGAGGCGCUCAGUAUUACCCCAGGACGGCGCGCAGCCACGGUGAGCACGCUGGAAGAGAGCGAUUGGAAUGCGGUGUCGAGCAUGGUCAACCGCUCUGACGUGGCCAAUGUAAUGGACCGCUUGGAGGGAGUGGGCGCUAGCGAUGUUCUUAUACUGAGCAUUGACAACUGCCGUGUGUAG